GACAUAAGACUUAUGCCAAAAUUGUUGUUUUGAGCGCCAGAUUUUAGAUUGGUUGCAUUACUUUGUUUUAAUAUAAAUUAAAAAAUGUCUGAGGAAGAAGAACAUUGCACUGACGUCGAUAUAUCAGAUAUCAUAGAUGAUUCAGAAAACAUUGGAGACAGUGAAUUUUUAGGUACAGAGGUUACUGACUCAGAGUUAAGUAUAAUUCAAGAUUCAGAAAAUAUAAACUCUGAAGAAACUGCAUCUGAGAGGAAAGUUUCAAAUACAGUUAAGGUUGACUCAGUCAAGUCUACUAGAUUGCCGAUGUCGAGAAUUAAAAAUAUCAUGAAAAUGGACCCUGAUGUUAGUAUAGUUAAUUCUGAAGCGGUCUUUCUAGUUACUAAAGCUACUGAAUUAUUUUUAGAAACGAUAGCAAAAGAAACCUACUCAUAUACAGUACAGCAUAAGAGGAAGACAAUAUCAAAGAAAGAUCUAGAGGUAGUUAUCAAUAAGGUGGACUGUCUGUGUUUUCUGGAAGGAGCUAUGGACUUCUAAGGACAAAGAGCUAAGUGAUACAAUUGUAAAUACUUGAUAAUAAAUCAUUUUAUUUUAUCAUA